CCAUGUGAAGAAGGAUGUGUUUGCUUCCCCUUUUGCCAUGAUUGUAAGUUUCCUGAGGCUGCCCCAGCCAGGCUGAACUGUCCUGAGGCAAGAAUUUGCCUUUGCCUGUAAUCAAGGGUGAGCGGGCAGCGAAGGCUCCAAAAUGCACCGUGAAGACCCUCUAACUGUGCCUACUGUUCUGCUCCCCUCCAAUCGGCGCGGGGCCCUCGUCCUCCCUCUCCAACCAGCGAAUGAAUGAACGCAUGAAUACAUGAGUCUUCAACUCGGCGACGCCCCUGCUUCGGCCCCACCUGGCAAACACCCACCCCGGACCAGGCCCAGAGUAGGUGCCCAAGAGGACCCGUCCCUGCUCCUGACCAUCACCGUCAUUGGGGUCACUGUGCUCGUGUUGGUCCUGAAGAGCAUGAACUCCAGGAAGAGAGAGCCUAUCACCUUACAAGACCCUGAAGCCAAGUACCCGCUGCCCUUGAUUGAGAAAGAGAAAAUCAGCCACAACACCCGGAGGUUCCGCUUUGAACUGCCUUCGCCUGACCAUGUCUUAGGACUUCCUGUAGGUAACUAUGUCCAGCUCUUGGCGAAAAUUGAUAAUGAAUUGGUGGUCAGGGCUUACACGCCUGUCUCCAGUGAUGAUGACAGAGGCUUUGUGGACUUAAUUAUAAAGAUCUACUUCAAAAAUGUACACCCCCAAUAUCCUGAAGGGGGGAAGAUGACUCAGUAUUUGGAGAACAUGAAAAUCGGGGACACCAUCUUUUUUCGAGGGCCAAAGGGACGCUUGUUUUACCAUGGGCCAGGGAAUCUUGGAAUCAGACCAGACCAGACGAGUGAGCCUAAAAAAAAACUGGCCCAUCACCUGGGAAUGAUUGCUGGGGGCACAGGCAUCACACCCAUGUUGCAGCUCAUUCGCCACAUCACCAAGGACCCCAGUGACAGCACCAGGAUGUCCCUCAUCUUUGCCAACCAGACAGAGGAGGAUAUAUUGGUCAGAAAAGAGCUUGAAGAAAUUGCCAGGACUCACCCAGACCAGUUCGACCUGUGGUACACCCUGGACAGGCCUCCUAUUGGCUGGAAGUACAGCUCAGGCUUUGUUACUGCCGACAUGAUCAAGGAGCACCUUCCUCCUCCAGGGAAGUCCACGCUCAUCCUGGUGUGUGGCCCACCACCCCUGAUCCAGACGGCAGCUCACCCUAACCUGGAGAAGCUGGGUUAUACCCAGGACAUGAUUUUCACCUACUAACACCUCCAUGUGCUCAGGAAAUUUGCAUGUCCCUUUUCAUCUGUUUCAGAGUAAGUUCAGUUUCACCACGUUAAACUGGGAUGUUUUCAAAAGUGCCUUGCCAGGUACCCUCACGCAGACACUGGUUCUCCUCUCUUUUGGGUGUGGGCCUAACAAGAAGGGCUUAAGGGGCUGGAGACUGGCUGCUGGGGCCUCCUUGCUUGGAGGCUGGGAAGAGCUCCAUUUCAGUAUUUGUCUCCAUGGUUUUGUGAAAUAAACUCAAGUACAAAACAGA